CAGGAAAUCGGCCGCUGCUAUGCUGCUCGGGUUAGGCGUGCUGCGAGUUCUGCUCGGCGUCUUCUUUGCGCUCACAGGGGCUGCUAAGCUCUUUCAGGUUUCGGCCCCCGUGUCACAACAGAUGAAAGACUUGUUCAAGCAGUUUGCUGAGGUGUGUCCAUUGAAGGUGUUCCGCUACCAGCCAGAUCCUAUAAACUACCAAACAGCUGUGGGCUGGCUGGAACUGCUGGCUGGGUUGCUGCUGGUCGUGGGUCCACCUGUGCUACAAGAGCUCAGUAACAUACUCUUGAUCCUGCUCACGAUGGGGGCUGUCUUCACUUUGGUGGUUCUGAAGGAGUCACUAAGUACUUACAUCCCAGCGGUCAUCUGUCUGGGGCUCCUGCUGCUGCUGGAUUCCUGCCAGUUCUUAGCUCGAACUAAGGGGCCGGUCAGAUGCAAGAAGAUUCCUGUUGCACUUGGGAGCCCUAGGAAUUGAGUCUCCGUGCCAUGCAGUUACCACAGCAGGAACAGUCACAGCACGGUGUCUACAACUUUGUUAGGCCCACAGUCAUUCAGUAUAAAAGAGAUAUCUUGUCUAGGCCCCAGUCUCCCCUAAUAACAAUGUUGCUCCAUUCUGAGGUGGGCAUUAACACUCUUCAUGUCACGCGAAAACAAAAAAUCAGCAGGAAAGAAACUAAAACCACUCCAAAUUCUAAUACUACUUGAAUAAUCAUCUCAAUGUUUUGGUGUGACUGUGCCUCUCCACCUUUUCUAUGAUUAUAUACAGAUGCAUGCAUAUG